GGGAGAGAAGAAAGAAGGGGCGAUGGAUCUAAUCGCUUAGUGCUUUUGUGGUCCUGACUCUAGUCUCUUAACAGGCUGCGGGGGUUGUGGAGUGGUGUGGAUGGCUGACAGACAGAGAUGUGGACCAGUGACAUGACAGGAUGUUAGCUCAGAACCGCUUCAUCCUUCUGGUGGUGGUGGGGGCAGUACUGGCCAUUGUCAGCCUCAGCCUACAAUUCUUGAACCUGAUCCCCACCACUCCCAUAGGGGAGGACCGGUCCCUUCAUACUCUCGAUGGAGGUGUCAGGGUGGGCCUGGGGAAGAGUAGAAAGAGGGUAAUCCCUGUCCCCCACACCAAUGCUCCUGAGCCUGACCCAAUAACCGAGGCCUAUGACUACUGCAAUACCCCCAACCGCUCCGAACAAGCCUGGGAAGGUCACAGUCUAGUGGACUACAAGCUGCUCUCAGUCCAAGUGAUGAUCCGCCAUGGCGAUCGAUACCCUCUCUAUUUCAUCCCCAAGACCAAGCGGCCUGCCAUAGACUGCACCCUGUCUCCCAGCAGGAAUCCAUCCCAUCCCCAGCUCAGCUCUUUCAUUAGUCACAUGGGCCUGGGUGGGCAAGGCCACUGGGAGUCUCCCCUCAGCUCUGUGCCCCGUCUGCCCAGCCACAGCAACUGUGAAAUGGGAGAGCUCACACAGACAGGUGUAGUGCAGCAUCUGCGCAAUGGCCAACUCCUUCGCCAAGCCUACAAGCGCCACAAACUCCUACCAUCUGAUUGGUCAGCCCGGCAGGUGUGGGUGGAGACCACAGGUAAGAGUCGCACCCUCCAAAGCGGGCUGGCCCUCCUCUAUGGCUUCCUCCCAGACUUUGAUUGGACAAAACUGUCUGUCCAUCACCAGUGGAGCACAUUGUUUUGCAGCUCAGCCUGCGACUGUCCUGCUAGGAACAGGUUCCUGGAGGAUGAGCAGAGGAGGCAGUAUCGGCUCAGAGUGGCAAACAGUGAACUAGAGAAGACUUACACUGAUAUGGCACGCACUUUGGGUCUGCCCACCCGCCAGCUCCGAGCUGCCAACCCCAUAGACUCCCUCCUCUGCCACCUGUGCCAUGGCCUGUCCUUCCCUUGUGUGCCAGCAGGGGACAAUGGCAGUGGCGGCUGUCUGACCCCAGCCCAGUUUGCUGUGAUCCGUAGACAGCAGCUAGAAGAUGAGGUUGACAGGAGGCGAGUGGGGCUGUACCAUAAGUAUGCCCUCCUGGCUAUGUACCCCUACCUCAACAGAACGGCUGCCAAGAUGGAGCGUGUCGCCAAGGGCAACGAGGCGGGCAGGCGACCACGAGCGGGAGGCGAGGAGGUGUUCACGCUCUCCUCAGCACAUGAUGUCACCAUGGCGCCUCUGCUUAGUGCCCUGGGGCUGGAGGAAGCCAGGUUCCCCCGCUUUGCCGCAAGGGUGGUCUUUGAGUUGUGGAAGAGCCCCCUUGCAACGCAUGGACAGCAAAAGAAGGGAAGAGGCAAAGGUGAGAGGUGGAAAGUAGCAGAUGGGGAGCUUUUCAUCAGGGUACUGUACAAUGGGCAGGACGUGACGUUUCACACCACCUUCUGUCGCUCUCAUGACCGCCAUGGUGCUCAGCCGCUCUGCCCCUUGAGCAACUUCCUUUCUUUCGUCAGGAGAGACAUGUUCAGGGUACUCAAUGCCACAUCCUACCAGGAAGCCUGCUACAAACGCCCUGGCUGACUGUUGGAGGACAGACUGACAGAGGGAGGGGAUGGAAUGAGAGAGAAGAGCCUUGAGUUUUGGCAGAUGGUUAUACUUUUUUUAAUUUUUGAAAAAAAGAUGUUAAGACCUUUUUCAUUUAUGAUGGGGCACUUGAGACUUUUGUGCUACUCAUAGUGUCUUAAAGUUUUGAUAAUUUGUAAAAAAUAAUCCUUUUACAUUCCUUAGUUUUAUAGAGUAUGAGGAAAACACACAUUACGCCUUGGCUGGAGGUCUUCACAGAUGUGUUGUUUGACCUCUGUGCUGAAGUCCUUAUGGUACUGACAAUCACACCAGAUAUUGGUACAAUUACAAACUUUUCUACAAACUUUUCUAGUAUAGUAUUUGUAUGUUUUCAUGCACGUUUUGAAGCAAUAGCAAUUUUAGGGAGAUUUCAUAGCACUCGUCCACUUUAUUCCUACAUUCCACAAUAACACUUAAUAUUGAAAUUCCAGAAUCCUGGAUGUCUGCAUGAAAAGGGAACGUUGCAAAUGCAAACACUUUGCCUGUUUAUUCCAAUAAAAUAUUUCACAUACAUCUGUAUAAUUUGUAUAGAACAUGAUUAUUUUAUUUCUCACAUGACUAACUCAUUUGUUGCAUUCCUAAAGUUGAAUUGUUAAAUAUGUAUUUCAUUGACACAUCGAUAGCAACAUUAUCUGCUGGUCUACCGUUUUGCUAAUGAAACUUGAGGUAUUUGGGAUAGUUUUUUUUUUAUGAAUUUAAGUGUUGCUACACUUUUGCUGAGAAUUUCAUGACGGGACAUGAUAUUGUGUUGAUAAAGAUUGGCACUUUUCCUCUUUUCUGGUUGUUUGACGUAUGUUUGUUUUUUGAAUGACAUUAAAUAUGGA